AUGUUAUGUUUUAUUAGACAUUAUUCAUUAGUUAUUGUGUGUAAUUGUCACAGGAUGGAUGAUAUAUAUGACUUCUUAAAAUCACGGGAUGUUUCAGAGGAAGUCAUACAACGACUGCAUAAGGAUAAGAUUGACUCCAGUGUCCUUCUGUUCAUGACAGAUGAGCAGCUUAAGGAGUAUCUCCCAUCUUAUGGUGACCGACUGGCACUUCUCGGAUAUUGCAGACGAAGGGAAAAUGAUCCUGCUGGCCGGAAAUCAAAACCUUUUGACCGAUUGAGAGCCAAGAUUUCAAGGAACAAAGGCAAUGAUCAAAAGCAGAUCUCAGAAAAUGUUAGCAUCAGAAAUGCUCAAAAAACUGUUCGAAAAGUUGAGAUAGGAUGGAUGAAUUCUCGAGAUGGGAAGCUUUUACAAGUUCGGACAAAGAAAGGUGGUGGAACAAGAAAAAUUGAUGUGUCAAAGGACUGUAGAAAAAAUGACUUAAUUGAAAAGGCAGUGGGUUUGUUUUUUCCGUCUCAAAGAAAUUCACAUGGAAGAAUUACAGAUUUUGAGGUUGACAUGACAGAUUUCCAGGAACAUUCACUUGAUGAACAUAUUACAGUUGGAGAACUUUAUGAGCAGACAAAACUACCUGUUUUGCGUUUUUACCUAACAACCAAAAAGCAGGACACUGGCAGCGACUCAGAACCAGACAACCCCAGUGGAAAUGACCAAGACACUUUAAGGUUUUCUACUCACUCUCAAGUUUGCACACCACUGACUCAAUCCAAAGCACCAGACAGCAUUGAUGCCAUAUAUGUUGGAACCAGCAGUGUCCUGACAAACAGCAGCAGUGAUAAUGUUCACCUAGUUUACUCUACUGAUGACAUGGGUGAUUUGUCCAAUGUCCAAGAGCUAGAUGCAGGAAUCAAUGGGGACAUUUUAGAAGACAGUGGCACUGUUACCUUUUUCACAGGACACAUUUCUGACACAGAUAGUGUCAGUCUUGAUGACACCCUUCCUCUGUCUCCACAGCCAUUUAUUUUUCUCUGGAGUAUUUAUAAGACCUGCAAUGUCAUAUACUCCAAAGUUAAAGUUUAA